ACCAGGACUUGCUUAGAACUUGGUGAUGUGUGUAAAGAGGUCGGUCUUCCAUCAGGUGUCUUAAACAUUGUGACUGGACUAGGUAAUGAAGCUGGUGCUCCUUUGUCGUCACACCCUGACGUCGAUAAGGUUGCAUUUACCGGGAGCUAUGCAACCGGUCAAAAGAUUAUGGUUGCUGCAGCUCCUACGGUCAAGCCUGUUACAUUGGAACUUGGUGGCAAAAGUCCUAUUGUAGUAUUUGAUGAUGUCGACAUUGACAAAGCUGCCCCUGGUUCGAUUCCUCCCAAGAGCGGAUCUGCGCCAAAGGGAAACUUUUCUUGCUCAUGCGGAUAA